AGUCGCCGUGGACGAGGCACCAUGUUGCGACGGAAGCCAUCCAAUGCCAGUGAGAAGGAUCCAGUGCAAAAGAGAAAGCUGUCGGUGCAGCGUUCCAGCAGCUUCAAAGACUUCGCUAAGUCCAAGCCCAGUUCGCCCAUAGCGAUCGAGAAACAGCUCAGCCUGGAGGAGGAGCUCCCUGAUGACAACCAGGCAAACUCGCUGCCCAGCCCAGACGACUCGGCUCGGAGCAGCGGCUCGAAGCUGGGCAAAAGAUGGAGAGCGGCCAUCUCCCGUACCAUGAACAGGAAGACGGGCAAAGCUGCAGCCAAAGCCCUAGCAGAGCAGGGGGAGGCCAGUGAUGAUGCCACCACAUCACCCGUCAGCAGCCCAACUGAAGACGAAGCCCCCAUCUUUCCAGAAGCCACCAAGGAAGCUGGCAGCCCACAGACCCCAAAUGGAAAUGAAUUCUCCAGUCCCAGACUCAUGGGGAGCAGCUGCAGCGGUAAGAAGGAAGAAGCAGCCAGCCCCAAACCAUACAGCGGCCCUUUUUGCGGAAGAGCCAGGGUUCACACAGACUUCAUCCCCAGCCCGUAUGACAAAGACUCGCUGAAACUUCAGAAGGGGGACAUCAUCCAUAUCAUUGCAAAGCCCCCUGUGGGCACCUGGACAGGUCUUCUGAACAACAAAGUGGGCUCCUUCAAGUUCAUCUAUGUGAAUGUCAUCCCAGAAGAACCGGCCCCCGCCCCAAAGAACUGUUCGCGAAGCAGAAGCAAGAGGCCCAAACCAAAGACCCUGCAUGAACUGCUGGAGCGCAUGAAUCUUGAGGAGCACACUUCCACAUUGCUACUGAAUGGCUACCAGACCCUGGAGGACUUCAAGGAGCUGCAAGAGACCCACCUGAAUGAGCUGAAUAUCACCGACCCACAGCAUCGCGCCAAACUGCUUACAGCAGCAGAUCUACUGCUAGAUUAUGACACAAGCAGCGAGGCUGAAGAUGAAGGAGGAAGCUUGGAGGCUCCACUGGCCCCUGGAGAGCCAAAGGGGGACAUUCCCCGCGAUUCGGGCUGUUUUGAAGGGCCGGAGACAGUGGACAGUGGGCGGGAGGACUCUUAAGCUGGGGGAAGGGCUGCCGCCUCUCUCUCUCUGGCUGGCUCAUGCUGAGACGAGCCCCCACCCUCUGCAUCCUAGGCGCUGGUUGGUUGACAAAUGUAAGCAGUCGUUCCAAGCACGCUUGUCUUGGAGCCAGAAGUACAGCAGCACUGCAUAAGCUUCCUCUUCGGACAGAGUAAGAGCACCACACCGGUCUUGCCACUUCUGGUAAACGAGCAGAUUUCUAGAGCCCAGAACACCCACCCUUCUCUGGGCUAGAGAUUGCAGGAAAGGGGUUUAGACAGGCCCAUCGGCUAGCCUUCAUGCAUGCCGUGGGCGCAAGCUGCCUGCGCCUCCAAGCCCCGGAAGCGCUGAACGUGCAGUUGAGGCAAGGAAGGCUGCAAUUGUCCCCAUAUGCUCAAGCGUGCUGGAUUAAAAGAAUCCCGCCCUCACCCCAGUGCAGACUCAGGUGGAAAGCUGUCUCAGUUCAUGAACAGCAGCAAAUCUGCAGAGAUCCAUAUACUGCAUGGCAUGACCGCUGCACCCCCUGCCCUCAUGCCGCGGCCUGGAAGGAGCCCCCACCCCACGCUCAGCGAAAAAUGAUUUGACAGCAGCAGCAGCCUUUUCUGAUUUGGGGGCGGGAGAAAAUGGACAUAGUGCUUCUUUUCUCUUUGGGCACUUUCAAAGUUACCUAGCUGCAUGCAGGGCUAGGAGAAGAUCCUGGUCAACAAAGGUCAGACCAACUGCUGGGCUGGUUGAAUAGCCAAAGAGCGACAAGCACCAUUUGGAUCGAGCACCACAGGACAUUACAGCCAAGGAUGUUGUGCUGUGUCUAGCAAAAAUGAACUAGAGCCUCAGGCAUUAGAUUUGGCUUACAGGGCAGGGCUCCCAAUAAAGCACUUGUA